AUGUUGUGUGUUUCUCCAGCAGAGUGUGUGUUUCAGGGUGUUGUGUGUGUGUGUGUUUCUCCAGCAGUGUGUGUGUUUCAGGGUGUUGUGUGUUUCUCCAGCAGAGUGUGUGUUUCAGGGUGUUGUGUGUGUGUGUUUCUCCAGCAGUGUGUGUUUCAGGGUGUUGUGUGUGUGUUUCUCCAGCAGAGUCAGAGUGUGUGUGUGUUCUCCAGCAGAGUGUGUGUUUCAGGGUGUUGUGUGUGUUUCUCCAGCAGAGUGUGUGUUUCAGGGUGUUGUGUGUGUGUUUCUCCAGCAGAGUGUGUGUUUCAGGGUGUUGUGUGUGUGUUCUCCAGCAGAGUGUCUGUUUCAGGCAGAGUGUGUGUUUCAGGGUGUUGUGUGUGUGUGUUUCUCCAGCAGAGUGUGUGUUUCAGGGUGUUGUGUGUGUUUCUCCAGCAGAGUGUGUGUGUGUUUCUCCAGCAGACAGAGUGUCUGUUUCAGGGUGUUGUGUGUGUGUUUCUCCAGCAGAGUGUGUUUCAGGGUGUUGUGUGUGUGUUUCUCCAGCAGAGUCAGUGUGUGUUUCAGGGUGUUGUGUGUGUUUCUCCAGCAGAGUGUGUGUUUCAGGGUGUUGUGUUGUGUUUCUCCAGCAGAGUGUGUGUUUCAGGGUGUUGUGUGUGUUUCUCCAGCAGAGUGUGUGUGUGUUCUCCAGCAGAGUCAGAGUGUGUGUUUCAGGGUGUUGUGUUGUGUGUUUCUCCAGCAGUGUGUGUUUCAGGGUGUUGUGUGUGUUUCUCCAGCAGAGUGUGUGUUUCAGGGUGUUGUGUUGUGUUUCUCCAGCAGAGUGUGUGUUUCAGGCAGAGUGUGUGUUUCAGGGUGUUGUGUGUGUGUUUCUCCAGCAGAGUGUGUGUUUCAGGGUGUUGUGUGUGUGUUUCUCCAGCAGAGUGUGUGUUUCAGGGUGUUGUUGUUUCUCCAGCAGAGUCAGAGUGUCUGUUUCAGGGUGUUGUGUGUGUGUUUCUCCAGCAGAGUGUGUGUUUCAGGGUGUUGUUGUUUCUCCAGCAGAGUGUGUGUUUCAGGCAGAGUGUGUGUUUCAGGGUGUUGUUGUUUCUCCAGCAGAGUGUGUGUUUCAGGGUGUGUUGUGUGUGUGUGUGUGUGUUUCUCCAGCAGAGUGUGUGUUUCAGGGUGUUGUGUGUGUUUCUCCAGCAGAGUGUGUGUGUGUUCUCCAGCAGACAGAGUGUCUGUUUCAGGGUGUUUGUGUGUGUUUCUCCAGCAGAGUGUGUGUUUCAGGGUGUUGUGUGUGUGUUUCUCCAGCAGAGUGUGUGUUUCAGGGUGUUGUGUGUGUGUUUCUCCAGCAGAGUGUCUGUUUCAGGGUGUUGUGUGUGUGUUUCUCCAGCAGAGUCAGAGUGUCUGUUUCAGGGUGUGUGUGUGUGUUUCUCCAGCAGAGUGUCUGUUUCAGGGUGUUGUGUGUGUGUUUCUCCAGCAGAGUCAGUGUGUUUCAGGGUGUUGUGUGUGUGUGUUUCUCCAGCAGAGGGCGUCCUGGAUGUGAGCUCCUGGUGCAGCUGCAGAAACGGUUCGGUGACUUUGUGGAUCUCAACCCAGCGCUUCUCCUGCCUCAAUGUCACAGGGGACUCUCACGGUGCAGAUGUUGGCUCCUCGGUCUCUGAGGACUGGACUGUGCUGGUGUUGUCUCCUGCAGGCUCCGCAGAUGUUCAGAUGAACGCCUCGACCUGCUCUGUGCGACUGCGCUGCUUCGACAAACUCCUGCACAAAGAUGUACUCGAGGAGAUCAUCUGUGAGUCUGACAGAAGGAGGAGGAGGAGGAGGAGCUCCAGGAGGCGCCACGCUGAUGGGCUCCUUCAACUCUAUGAGCUGGAGGAGGCCCCACGAUCCCGGGGGAGGUCUGCGAGAAAGGGCCGCCGUGAGAAGGACCGCUCAGAAGGCCGUCCCUGGGCACGCUCAGGUCGGAGGUCAGACAGUGAUGACCACUCUGACAGUCAUGGAAAAAGGAAGCGUGGACACAAAGGUCGAAGGGGAGGACUCCAUGGUUCAGACAUACCCGAAUACACAGAUCUGAGACUGUCUGUUGCACAGGACACAGCCAGCCAAAGCCUGGCCACCUCCACGGUGAGACAGACGACCACGGCAGAAAGCCAGGCCACCAUCAAGGAAGGCCGGGCCAUCUCCAUGAAAAACCAGGACGCCACCAUGGCAGGCCGGGCCGUCUCCAUGGAAAGCCAGGACGCCAUCACAAAGAUGGUCAGGCAGGACUCGGGCACCCCGAACCGGACCACCACCCUGGUUCAGAAGCCAAGCCGGGCCGCCACCAGGGCAAGCCGGGCCGCCACCCUGGUUCAGAAGCCAAGCCGGUCCGCCACCAGGGCAAGCCGGGCGGUCAUGCAGGAAGUGCCAUCGGAGACUCCCACGGCCCACGCAGACCUGAGCAGACCCAAGCAGACUGAAGCAGACCCAAGCAUACUGGAGCCCAUUGACCAGCUCCGUGAACGUGCGAGAUGGACUCACACAAACCUGCUGCUGCUGCUGUUCCGGACCAGAGCUCUGAGAGAACAAAGUCUAAAAAACGCAAAAAGAGGAAGAACCAAAAGACUGGAUCAGAUUCUACGCUGUGUUUGUCCAGCGAAAAGACAACAGAUGACCUGA